CUUAAUGGCACCAGGGCCAGUUUCAUCUUCCUUUCCCUUCUUACUCCAAUGCUUAUGAAAAAGAGGGACCUGAGCUGCAAAAGCCAGAGAGUGAAGAUUUCUUCUGAAGAGGUUGCAUACAGUGACCUGAAACAUAAUGGUGGUAUUCAGAAAGGGUGAUCAUGUGUGGCUGGACACUCAACCAAAGAGUGAAUUUAAUGUCCCUAUUGGGGCAGUUGUAAAGGAAUCUGACUCAGGACGGAUCUUGCUGGAGGAUGAUGAAGGCAAGGAGCACUGGAUCACGGCUCGGAACAUGCACAUGGUGCGCCUGAUGCACCCGUCCUCUGUGCAGGGGGUAGAGGACAUGAUCCGCCUCGGGGAUCUCCAUGAAGCUGGCAUGGUGCACAACCUCCUCAUCCGACAUCAGGAGCACAAAAUCUAUACUUACACAGGAUCAAUCCUUGUAGCAGUGAAUCCAUACCAGCUGCUGCCCCUCUACACGGUGGAUCAGAUCAGACUGUACUGUAACAAGAGGAUUGGAGAGCUUCCACCUCAUGUCUUUGCCAUUGCAGACAACUGUUACUUCAAUAUGAAGAGGAAUAAGAGAGACCAGUGCUGUGUGAUCAGUGGUGAAUCUGGAGCUGGUAAAACUGAAAGUACAAAGCUAAUACUACAGUUUUUGGCAGCUGUCAGUGGCCAGCAUUCCUGGAUAGAGCAACAAAUCCUAGAGGCCAACCCCAUUCUGGAAGCUUUUGGAAAUGCCAAGACAAUUCGAAAUGACAAUUCAAGCCGCUUUGGGAAAUACAUUGAUAUUCACUUCAACAAAAACGGUGUGAUAGAAGGAGCCCGCAUAGAACAGUUUCUCCUGGAGAAGUCCCGGGUUUGCCGGCAGGCUCCCGAGGAGAGGAACUAUCACAUCUUCUACUGCAUGCUAAUGGGGAUGAAUACAGAGCAGAAAAAGAUGCUGAAUCUGGGCACUGCUUCAGAGUACACUUAUCUCACUAUGGGUAACUGCAUGUCCUGCGACAGCCGGAAUGACGCCAAGGAUUAUGCCCACAUCCGCUCCGCUAUGAAGAUCCUCAUGUUCUCAGACUCUGAGCACUGGGACAUCAGCAAGCUGCUGGCUGCUAUCCUGCACCUAGGGAAUGUAGAGUUCCAAGCGGCCGUGUACGACAACCUGGACUGCUCUGACGUGAUAGACUCACCACACUUCUCCAUCGCCACCAAACUGCUUGAGGUGGACUACAGUGAACUCCAGAACAGCCUCACAAACCUCUCCAUCAUUGUCCGAGGAGAAAGUGUGUCCAGGCCUCUGAAUGUGGUUCAAGCUGCCAAUGGGAGGGAUGCCUUUGUGAAGGGUAUAUAUGGUCGGAUUUUCUUAUGGAUCGUGAACAAAAUCAACUCAGCCAUUUUCAAUCCAACUUCUCAGAAGCCUAAAGACAGACAUCAAUCCAUUGGACUGCUGGACAUUUUUGGGUUUGAAAACUUCAGCAACAACAGCUUUGAGCAGCUGUGCAUUAACAUUGCAAAUGAGCACCUUCAGCAGUUCUUCGUGCACCAUGUGUUCAAGCUGGAGCAAGAGGAAUACCUUGCAGAGCACAUUACCUGGAACAACAUUGACUUCACUGAUAACCACCAGGCUCUGGAAGUCAUUGCUGUCAAGCCAAUGAAUAUCAUCUCCCUCAUUGAUGAAGAGAGCAGGUUCCCGAAGGGCACAGAUGCCACCAUGCUUGUCAAAAUCAAUUCCCUCCAUGGUAAAAGUAAAAUCUACAUCCCACCUAAGAGUGUUCACGAUACCAAGUUUGGCAUCAACCACUUUGCUGGGGUUGUCUUUUACGAAUCAAAAGAUUUCCUGGAGAAAAAUCGUGACACGUUGAGUGCUAAUGUAAUGCAAGUGGUCCAUUCCUCCAAAAACAAAUUCCUGAGAGAGAUUUUCCAGGUGGAAACAACCCCACCUAGUCUGGGACGUGGGACCAUUCGGCAUCUUGGAUCUGACCAUGUCUACAAGUGUGGCUUUCUGCUGUCCAGAACACCUGGCCAUGGACAGGGCAUGGAUACCACCAAGCGGCUCUCCACGCUAGGAGGACAGUUCAAGCAAUCCCUGGAAAAACUAAUGAAAAUCCUUGAGCAGUGCCAGCCAUACUUCAUCCGCUGCAUCAAGCCAAAUGACUACAAGAAACCACUGUUGUUUGAUCGGGAGCUGUGUAUCAAACAGCUGCGAUAUUCAGGGAUGCUGGAGACCAUUCAGAUCAGGAAAGCUGGGUACCCAAUUCGCUACAGCUUUGAGGAGUUCUUUGAGAGAUACAGGUUUCUUCUGCCAUGGUCUCUUCGACAAAAGCUGAAGAAUGAUACUCGACAGAGCUGCAUCAGCAUUUCCGAAGCAGUGCUGGGCAAGGAUGAAAGCUGGCAAGUUGGAAAAACCAAGAUUUUCCUUAAAGAUUAUCAUGACACUGUAUUGGAGCUGCAACGCCAAAAUGUACUCACAGAUAAGGUUCUUCUUAUCCAGAAGGUGAUGAGAGGAUUGAAGGACAGGAAGCAGUUCCUGAAACAGAGGAAGUCUGCUGUAGCCAUUCAGUCAGCCUGGAGAGGCUACUUCUGCCGCAAGGAAUUCAGAAUGGUGCUGCUGGGCUUCGGGCGCCUGCAGGCGCUGUACCGCAGCCGGCAGCUGGCUCAGCAGUACGAGGCCACCCGGGCUCGCAUCGUCAGGUUCCAGGCCGUGUGCCGCGGCUACCUGCUGCGCCAGAAGGUGGCAGAGCAGAGGAAAGCUGCCUGUGUCAUACAGGCGUAUGCAAGAGGCAUGUUCGCUCGCCAAACCUACCGGAGGAUAAAGGGAGAGAACAAGAUGGAAGCAAGGAAUAUCCACUUGAAAGAAGAGAAACAUCUAGUCCCAGUCCUGGGACCACUGAAAGGAGGGGAAGAAGCUGAGAGAUUAGAAAAGGAAUACCUGCCAACUCAGGAGACAGAGGAGGCAGAAGCAGGACAAAGGAGGAACGUGCUUGACGAUAAACCAACAAAUUAUGAUGUUAUCAGUGACCAAGAAAUGGUGGACAAAAUUUUUGGGUUUUUACCUUCUGUGAUUGGAGGCCAAGAAGGACAGGCUCCUGUGGGUUUUGAGGAUUUGGAAACAAAGCCUAACAAGCUGGAGGAAGUGGACCUGGACAUGGUUCCCAUGAGUGUGGAGCUAGAAGAGGAAGCACAUGGUUUGGAAGAGUACACCUUCCCCAAGUUUGCAGCUACUUAUUUCCAGGGGUCUUCUACACAUACACAUAUCCGGAGACAGCUGCGGCACCCACUACUCUACCAUGAUGACAAGGACAACGUCCUGGCUUCUCUAGCUGUGUGGGUGAUCAUCCUGAGGUUCAUGGGGGACCUGCCAGAGCCACCAAUGUUUGCCAAGACUGCCACCACCAAGAGCAGCUCCGUGAUGACGCAGAUAUAUGACACACUUGGCAAGAAAAGCCAGGUCCAGCUGAGGAAUGACAGCCCAAAUAUGAGAGAAGGCAGAAGGGAUUACAAGAUUUCUAAGGGGAUUUCAUCCCUCAAGCUGAAACGGUCAUCCAAGCUGACAGCGAAGGUGACAGAUCAGCUACAAAGUGGAGAAGAGGCUUUCCAAGAGGACGUCUCGAUCUCCCAGAGACCUAUGUCCAACCUAGAAAAAGUACACUUCAUUAUUGGCAAUGCAAUUCUGCGUCCUGCCAUCAGAGAUGAGAUUUAUUGCCAGAUUUGCAAACAACUCACUGAAAACAGCAACAGGAGCAGCUAUGCUCGUGGCUGGAUCCUUCUGUCACUUUGCCUUGGCUGCUUUCCUCCUUCAGACACGUUUGUGAAGUACCUGUUGAAUUUCAUCCACCAUGGGCCCACGGGCUACGCUCCAUACUGUGCUGAGCGUCUGAGACGCACCUACACCAAUGGGGCCCGGACUGAACCUCCCAGCUGGCUGGAACUUCAGGCAACAAAGCAGAAGAAACCCAUUAUGUUUAAUGUCACCCUGAUGAAUGGCCAAAGCAUCACUAUCCCUGCAGACUCUGCUUCCACUGCCAAAGAGAUCUGUCAGUUCAUAGCAGAUAAAAUCAAACUGAAGGAUGUCUUUGGGUUUUCACUCUACAUUGCUGUGUUUGAUAAGGUGUGGUCGCUGGGCGGGGGCCGGGACCACGUCCUGGAUGCCAUCUCUCAGUGCGAGCAGCUGGUGAAGGAGCGGGGCACGCACGAGCGCCACGCGCCCUGGCGCCUCUACUUCCGCAAGGAAAUCUUCACCCCCUGGCACGACACCCACGAGGAUCCCGUCGGCACUGAUCUCAUUUACCACCAAGUCAUCCGUGGCAUUCGAUUUGGAGAGUACCGUUGUGAGAAGGAGGAAGACUUGGUGGAGAUAGGUGCAAAAUAUUGUUAUAUCCAAUUUGGAGAUACCAUCCACAAUGAAUUUGUGCAGAAGGUGCUCCAUGACUGUAUCCCAGUAAAACAGCUGAAGUCCAAGCCCCUGGAAAAGUGGGUGAGCCUUAUAACCUAUGCACAUGCUAAGGCCCCAUACACACAGGACCAUCUCUCCUCUCAGACUGUGAAGGAGCAACUUGUAGAUUUUGCUCGUUUUCAGUGGCCUUUGCUUUUUUCCAGAUUCUUUGAAGUCACUAAGUUUUCAGGACCCAGCUUGCCCAAGAACCGCUUCAUCGUUGCCAUAAAUUGGAAAGGCAUCUGCUUCUUGGAUGAGUCAGAAAAGCGUCUCCUUGAGCUGAGCUUCCCAGAGAUAACUGGUAUCCACACCAACAGGGCAGUGAAGUCAUUCGGCCAGAGCUGCACUCUCAUCACGCUUCGUGCCGAGGAGUUUGUUCUGACAUCUGUAAACAGCGUUGUCAUUGCUGAACUGGUGGUGAUGUUCCUGGAAGGACUGAAGAAAAGAUCACGAUUUGCUGUGGCAAUGCAUGAGAAAAAAUCUCAGGAAGAUCCUAGCAUCCUGUCCUUCAGGAAGGGAGACUUGCUAAUCUUCACAGAAGACAAAACGCUGGAUGCAGACUCUGGCUGGAUCUCUGCCCAGAGUGAAAGGACAGGCAAAACAGGGAAUGUAUUUUUGGAAGACAUCUACAUCGUUCCUUCCCUCACAAAACCCUCUAGUCAAGUGGUGAGUUUGCUGAUGAUGUCUCCAGACCAGAGGAGGACAGCUUCACAGAACUCCUUCAUGGAGGAACCUGAUGAAGAGGACAUCAAGGUGAAGCCUUACACCCUGGAGGAGUUCUCCUACGAACACUUCAGGGCUCCUGAGAAGGAAUCCAUCAGCAAAGCUGUUCUCCAGAAAUCCCGUGGGCACAGUCAACUGUGGGCACAUUCUAAGGAGCCUCUGAAACAGCCAUUGCUGAAGAGAGCAUGCACAGACCCUGAUCUUCGGGAUUUGGCCUGUCAGGCCUUCAUUGCCAUCAUGAAAUUCAUGGGAGACUACCCCUCAAAACAGGCCCACUCCUCCAUCGAAGUCACUGACCAGAUAUUCGUGCCAGCUAUCCAGGAGGAGGUCCUGAGGGAUGAGAUUUACUGUCAGAUUAUGAAGCAACUGACUGAGAACAGAAACAGGUACAGUGAGACCAAGGGCUGGCAGCUCCUCUGGCUCUGCACUGGCCUCUUCCCACCCAGCAAGUCACUGCUCAAACACGCCCAGAAGUUCAUAGAGACACGUCAGAAAGAAACACUGGCCCCAAGCUGCCGUCGGAGGAUUCAGACAGUGAUGAGGAGUGGCUGCAGGAAGUGGCCACCUCAUCCUGUGGAGGUUGAGGCCAUUUUACAGAACAACACUAAGAUCUCACACAAGAUUUGCUUCCCCAAUGACACAGAACAGGCAUUUGAUGUGGGAACAAACACCAAAAUCCAAACUCUGUGUCAGAACAUUGCUUCCAAAUUGCAGCUGCAGUCCUGGGAAGGUUUCAGCCUCUUUGUGAAGAUUGCAGACAAGGUGAUCAGUCAGAAUGAAGCAGACUACUUCUUUGACUCCCUAAGGCAGGUGACAGACUGGAACAGAAGGAACAAACCAGGAAAAGAUGGGGCUGCUCUGUCUGUGGCAUAUGAGGUGUACUUCAUGAGAAAGCUGUGGCUGAAUGUCACUCCUGGCAGGGAUCUGAAAGCUGAUACCAUUUUCCACUACCACCAGGAGCUGCCGAAGUACCUCAGAGGCUAUCACAAGUGUUCCAAGGAUGAAGCUGUGCAGCUGGCAGGGCUGAUUUACAAAGCACGCUUCAACAACGACCGCACACAGCUGGCAGCCAUCCCCAAAAUCCUGAAGGAACUGCUGCCAGACAAUCUGCUCCGAGCAGUGUCACCAGAUGAAUGGAAGAAGAGCAUUAUUGCAGCAUAUAGUAAAUAUGAAGGAAAAACUGUGGAUGAAGCCAAGAUUGCUUUCUUGAAAAUGAUACACCGGUGGCCAACGUUUGGAUCAGCCUUUUUUGAGGUCAAGCAAGCCUCAGAGCCCAAUUUCCCAGAGAUUGUACUGAUUGCUAUCAACAAGCAAGGAGUCUCACUGAUACAUCAGAAGACAAAGGACAUUUUAGUAGUCUACCCCUUCAAUAAAAUCUCCAACUGGAGCAGUGGGAGUACAUACUUUCAUAUGACAAUAGGGAACCUGGUACGAGGAAACCGGCUCUUAUGUGAGACAUCCCUGGGUUACAAAAUGGAUGACCUGUUAACAUCCUACGUACGCCUGCUCAUGAACGCUGUAAACAAGCAAAAGAACCUCCCAGCCUGAGAGUGGAAAUAGAGCCCAUGACCUAUACUUGUGCCAAACUACCUGUGAUUUCAUAUCCCAGAAGAAAUGCCAUUUAAAAAUAUUAAUCUUGAUGAUUGAUCUUCUGAUCCAGCUCUGAAUGAACUGAGUUGCUGAAAUACUACUACAAGAAAAGCUCAAGUCAGCAUGUGCUUUCAGAUAUCUGUAACACUUCUGUCUUAGAUGUAGUAUGAGAAUUUCAUUCAGAUACUGGAUUUAGAGAAAGUUUAGAUGGACUUUAAUGUUCUGUGGGAGUGGGGAAACCCUGUGAGGACCCCUUCUAAUAGCCUGAAUCUCCUCCAUUUAAAGACAGACACACAUUAAGAGCUGUCUUUCUUUUGGAAAGAAAAUGCCCCUUACUCUAUAUGCUCUUACCAAAUGCACAAACUCCAAGAGUCUUUGGAAACAAAGGUAAUGCAAUUUUUUUCCUCCUACUGGCAAUUCUAAGAGUGGAAAGAUGCCAUUUAGUCAUAGAUAACUGGACACUUUGAAAGGCAAGAUGCUGGGUUUCAGCCUCUGGUCCCUAGGUUACAUGCUGCACAUUACAGUAGACUGACAGCCAAUUACUGUCAGAAUGUAACUGUCCUUCCUGCAUGCUGCUAAACUUGCAGGCUGUCCCCUGACUUACCACGGCCCUGCUUAAAUUAAAUAGUCUUCAUUCUUCCACUCUUGGAAACUAACAACCACUUUCUACUGUGCAGUUUAUAGUAAGCUCUGAAAUGAGUCUGGGGUUUGGGUCCAUCACUCUUAGUUGCUCCUAUUUCAAGAUAUAGAUGAGCUACUCAGUGCAAAUCAGAAUUAAAGAACUCAGUCUAACAAAGGUCUGUUGAAAAGAGACUUUGCUGCUCUACAAAAAUGUUCUGUUUGGAGUUAUGCAGACAUUCCUUCAUGAGACAAGCAUAAUAGCUUUAAUUUGUCCUGAUCUUUUCUGCUUCCUGUUUAGCAGACAGCUUGAGUGGUAAAAUUUAAUUCAGCACUUAUUCAUCUCUAAGAGCUUUGUAGAAACACAGCUUUGGUGCCACGGGAACCAGAGUGUGCUCCGAGUGUGUAAAGCAGAUACAGACUGUGGUGGGAGUAAGCUUAGCUGCUUCCCCCUCAGAACAAAUACUCCUCCCUUGCUCCCAGUGAAAUAUGAACAUGUCUUAAAGCAUUUACACCAAGUUCCUUGAGACACAAUCUGGCAGUGCUGGAAAAGCAGCUCUGUCUGAUCUCUCAGCUUUGCCAAUGGAUGCACAAUGGUUCUCUUGUUCCCUCUGACAUGUGUGUGCAAAAUUCAAAUGCUGAUGGGAGUUUUGUAUAUGGGUGGCAGGGAAGAGCCCCACUCUCUUUGUGCAUCUAAAUGAGUGCCACACCCGUCAGAAUAGCUGAUCUCUUUGCAAGCAGUUAGAUGCUCCUGCUGUAAUCUCCAUUGCUGGCAAUGGAAACCCUGGAGCCUAAUUACUCAGAAUGGUUUUAUCAUCUAGUGUCUAACUAACUAGCUAUAAGUAAGAAAUGUUCAACACUUUAUCUGUACAAAAAGAAAUUUUGCAGACAAACUGUAUUGUUUCUGGUUUUUAAAUAAAGACUGCAGAAAAUCAACCGCAAUGUCUUUUUUUAACCAAGAAAAGUUAAUGUUUGAUCCAGAUCCAUGUAACCCAAAUCUGCCAAAUAUCCACUUUAUCCUGUAAAUGAUCAUAGCAUCCCAUCUGCUCAUUACAUACACAACACAAUUGGUACAACACAGCCACUAAAAGGAUGAUACCCCUUUUGGCACAUCCUCACCAACCAACACAUCACCACAGAAGCAGCACAGGUCCAAAAUGUGUAUUCACCACAACAGGGCCUCAGGUUUCAGCAAUUCCAGAGUUCCUUGGAGUGGGUAAUAGUCUCUGGCUAAGCACUGAAAAUAUCGUAUUAACUGUACACUAUACUUUUUUUUUUCCAUUUUUUUGUGUAAAGAUUUAAAAUGUAUUACAGUUAACUUUAAUACAAGAACAUACAAAGGCACAGUAUUACAGCAUUUCAAUCUACAAUCAUGUGUUUUGGUUAGACGGCUCAAACAAUGUGUGAUAAAGUGAGAGCUCUACAUGGUGCAGAACUCAUCAAGGCCUGAACCAAGGCAGUGAGCUGCUAAUUCUUUUUUCAGUCUAAUACCCUCAGCACUUAACAGUGCUUUACAGACUAGUAUAACCACGUUUAUUACAUGCUUGCCUGCCAUCUAUUCCUUCCCCAUCCAAUCACUUCUGAAAGAGUGUCAGUGAUACCAUCUAAUACCAAUCAUGCCACAUCAGGAAUUCUCUAUAGAGAGGCUGACCAGUGUUUGCCAGCACUGCACAGACUGCUGUAAAAACACCAGGACGCAAAUCCUAGGGAGAGGAUUAGUGCCAUAAAGAAAGACUGCAAGUGAUUAGCAUACUCUUUGAAUAAAAACAAGCUUCACAUACCAUGCUUUCUAAAAGCAAAACUAUUUUCAAGUGUACUCAGUGAGUGUUAGUGAUUUUAAUUAGGUAUAAAUGUGAAAGUAAACCAUAAAUGUAUAGUAUGAGGCAACAUCUUUUAGUAAGUGUAGAUUUCUGAGCCAAGUUCAAUCUUCAUAUAAAUCUCUACUCUCCAGUGGUGUGAUGCUUAGGAAGAAUUUGGCCAGCAGGUCUAUUGACAGCAAUGGAAUAGCUGUUGACACCUUGACUAUAUUCAUUAAAAAUGAAACAAAACCCAACCUGUCAGCGUACCAAGGCA